AUGUUGGCAAUCAAUUUUCCUCUCGUCUUCACACUUUUUUCGCUAACCCUAACGCUUUUCUUAGCCGCUCUCGAUAUUGUCAUUGUUAUUACGCUGUAUGAGACGAUCGGUAGAAAAUACAAUGACUACGCAAGUAUUGGAUGGUUGGUUACCGGCUACUCGCUGCCCAGUGCCCUGUUCACGCUAUUGUGGGGUCGUGUUGCUGCCAUCGUGGGACUAAAAACAAGCUUGACGGCUUCUAUCAUUAUAUUUGAAAUAGGAUCUCUGAUAGUGGCCGUUUCAAACUCGAUGGGAAUGCUUAUUGGAGGUCGGGUAGUUGCUGGCUGUGGUGGUAGCGGUAUCCAGUCGUUGGUGUUUGUCGUUGCUACGUCUCUGGUACAGGAAAGAAACAGAGGCCUUGUAAUUAUGAUUUUGGGAUUUGCUUUUGCCGUGGCUUUUGCAAUCGGACCCGUACUAGGAGGUGCAUUUACAGAGAAUGUAACAUGGAGAUGGUGUUUUUUCAUAAACUUGCCUAUUGGUGGUCUGGCCUUGUUUUUACUGGUUCUCAGCUAUAACCCAGAUGACACAUUUUGGUACGACUCUUUGAAAGCGCAUUGCCAAGCAAUCAAAAAACUUCCGUAUAAGAACCUGACCACAAAAAAGACGUGGUAUCGAGCUUUCCGAUUUGUUGCUUUCGAACUAGAUUUUAUUGGUUUCGCUUUGUCGUCCUCCGGAUUUGUGCUCUUUCUACUUGGAGUCACAUUCGGCGGAAACGAGAACCCACGGCAUUCGGGAACUAUUAUUGCGUACUUGACAGUAGGUGGAUUUCUAAUACUUUUCUGGGUAUUGUUUGAUUGUGUGAUUCUAUACUACUGGGCUUCCCUUCACCACGUUACGCAGCCCGUUCCAUUGCUGAGAAAAAAGUUGUUUUUCCUCCCUGGGAUCGCCACGAGUGCCCUUGUGGUGUUUUUCGGCUGCUUAGCAUUCAACAUGCAGUCCGUUUACGUUGUACAGUUUUAUCAGUUGGUGCACAAUAAUGGGCCCACAUCCGCUAGCAUGCAUUUGUGGGCAUUUUUAGUGGCCACCUUGAUUAGCAUUGUUGCUAUAGGAAAGGCUUCGUCGACAUUUGGACGUAUUAAACCAGUCAUCGUUGCAGGUGUAACGCUGGGUCUCAUAGGGUCCGGACUUUUGACUCUAUUAAAUACCACAAGUACGCUUGGAGACACAAUAGGCUACUGUAUUUUGCCGGGCGCUGCUUUUGGAUGUAUUCUGCAGGGAACAUUGCUCAGCACCCAGCUGCAAAUUGACAGAGACGCGAUCGACUUCCACACUUUAUUUAUCGAGGCCACAGCAGUGAAUGCGUUUUUCAAGUCUUUGGGAAUGGCUUUCGGCGGUAUCAUGGCGACAAUGAUAUUCACGAAUUCGGUCAAAAACGACCUGAAGCAUUCUGGAGCCGGAUUACCACCUUUCACCAAUAUUGAAGCUUUGAUUGCUUACCGUGCCCAAAACUACGAUGGUUUAAACUCUGUUCUCUCCAAAAUAUUCGCCAAGGGUGUUCAAAAUGUGAUGUAUGCUGCGUUGGGUUCCUAUGCUAUAGCCUUCAUCUCGGGUCUUUUCACGUCCAAUAAGAGGCUUGUCUCACCGUCGAAAGGAGACGAUUUAGAGCAUUCUUCGGCAGAAAACACCGUGCAAGAAAAAACGAGCAGCACUCUACACCCAAAAGACAGUCAUCCAGUGGCAGAUGAGAGAUCAAAGUUACCUUUGCGGGAAAAGUUACUGACGGCCCUGAGAUCAAAAAGAAGUUCCUCAACUUCAUACAGUGACCAGUGA